CUGUGCGCUGUGCGCCAUCCGUAACCUACGCGACUCUCUGCUUCUCCACCAUAGCACCACUCAUACUAUUACUCUCCCCACCACCAUAUUUAGCAGUCAUGGCGCCUGGCAAGACAGCCCCACGGCUACUUCAGGACCUCCUCACAUAUGACGCGCGAUUCGAAGAGCGAGCAGGCCGCAACCUGCUGACGAGCGCGCCGCCACAGCACGACCCCAAUCGACCGGCCCAGCCUGCGGUGCCCCAAAGGAACUGUCGUCACGGCCUCCUCAACAAGAUUGAGCAGUGCCAGCUGCCACGCGCCGGCGAAGACCCAGACCAAACCACCGUCUACAAAGUAGCCUCCUACUGCUCGUCAUGUCGCUGGCACAUCGACGUGGUCGUAGACUUCAGUAGCGUCGAUGGCUCCAAGACAAGACCGUGCAAGACGGGUGAUCACGAAUACCCAAUACACCACUUCUUGCUCGAAGAAGAAGAUGUCUCGCAUGCGACGAACGGUUCGGGGCUCCAACAAGGCUCGCAGAUGUUCAAAUUCCGCUGCUCGGCGCCAGAGUGCCCAGUCAAUGUGCAGAUCAAGAUGAAGCCGCCUCGUCUUUCCGAUUCAGACGUAGAGCUCCUGACCAACCAGGCCCAACUCAGGAGAAGGCUGGAGGUUGCACAACAGAUGUCUGCCGAUCGUACCGACAUGAAAAUGGCCCGCCGAGUCGACGCUCCCGACUUCCUCAACACAUACUUGGGGGAUUCCUUGAACCCUGUCAGGGGCAAGUCACGCAUUCCGCUGUUGAACCGCAAGUUCCUCACGGCGUUUGGUAGGGAUUGCGAUGCUAUACUCAAGAGACUUGGAUUCACUCAGGGUCGCGAAGAUGGCGAUGGCGAGGACAAGGUAGAAGUCUGGUACCUGCCCAAGCCUGAAGAGCCCAAUAAUCCUCUGGAAUCGACGUUGCGUAAUACCAUUGAAGAUGCUCGGUACGAGUUGGGCACUAUCAUAACAAACAUCCCAGAGGUAGAUCGUGUCGACACCAAGUACCAACCUACAUAUCCUACACCUUCGCGAGGCGACAUCGAGAGGGCGCUAGCAUGCCAUGAUUAUGACAAGGUGAAAGGUCGCAUCGAGACGCGAAGUACAAACCGAGAGGAAGACCAUCCUUACUACGCAAGUCUCGGCGCGGUGGGCGACUUCUCAGAUCCUCUGAUCUUGUUUGCGUACAGCCGACAAAGUGCAACAGACCUCUCCAACAUCUCAUACUACUAUGAAUGCAUUCAAGAUCUUGCUAUGGGCCGUGAUAGCGACUUCUUACAAACACAAGUAGCUAUACUUGCCUCAGAGGGUCUCGUCAGCAGACGCGAAGCCUAUGCUGCCUAUCGCUACUUUGGUAUCGAGCCCGCUCAUGCGAACGCGAUCAACGACGACCAUAUCAUAGGUGUCUUCAAGUCUCGUCUUUCUGACAUCAGUCCAUCACUGGUCGAAGAAGCACGAAAACAGCUUCGGAUCAUUGGCGAUGUGCGCGAUAGCGCACUGAUCCGAGCCGAAGCCGCAGACUCACUUGAAACUUACGAGCAGGCACUAUCCUGGCUGAACUUAGAUCCUGGUCAACCUGAUGACUUUGUUGAGGCUCUGUACACUAUCAAGCUGCAAGAUAGCCCCGGAUGCGAAGAGACUGCUCGGAAGGCAGUAUCCAUCAUAGCGGAGAAGCGCAACAGCCAGCGACUACGUCACUAUCUAAAGUAUGGUACCAUGGUCGAACCAGAAAUGGAUUUGGGAGAAGCGUAUGCCUUAUUUCAGUUCAACGACAGGACCUCCGGCGUUAGUCUCGAUGUCAUGAAUACUGCAAUCACCUACGCUGCUCCAGGCGACGUCGAAAAGCUUAGGAAAGCUUACGCGCUGAUCGAAAACGAUCAAGCCCAAAACUUCGGCAACAAGUCCAACCAGCCAAAUGCGAGAGUGAAUGAUUACCCUCUGGAUACUUGGCCUGUAGGCUGCCGCAAUAUUGGCAAUACCUGCUAUCUGAACAGCGUUCUUCAGUUUCUGUUCACCAUCAAGCCUCUGCGAGAGCUCAUUUUGGACUGCGACAACCACAUGCAAGACCCUUCACCAGAGGCACUGCAAGGUAAAAUAGUGGGGCGCGUCGCUGUCACUGCGCAUAGGGUGGAUAUUGCUCAGAAAUUCGUGCGUGAAUUGCGUACGUUCUUCGAGCAUAUGAUCACUGCGCCUACCGAUACUGUACAGCCCGCAAUUGAUCUCGCAGCUUUGGCGCUUUGCCGGACCGACAGUCCAGAAACUUCCCAGAAGGCUCCAGAAGCUGAAGGCAACGUUGCUGGUCUUGGUUCCAUCGAUGGCAUGGCAGUCGUUGGUCCUACACUUCCUCCAAGUGGCAACGAGAACCCACCUACUAUUACUCCUGCCGAUUCAGUCAUGGGCGAUGACAACGAUGAAACUGCGAAAAGCGAUACGUCUACAAAACCCAUGGAUUUGGCGGCAGAUGGAACAAGCGAUAAACCUAUACCACCAUCACGUCCACCUCCAAUCCCGCCACGUCCUGUUGCUCAGACUAAAACCAAACUUGGCAACAUCGAAGAAAGCGCGCGACAACAAGACGCUGCGGAAGUCAUGACCAACAUCCUUGAUCUGCUGUCAUGUGCUUUCAAAGGCGAAGGCGUUCUGCGCGAUGGCGAACAGGACGAUUUGAUGAAAAAGUUGUUCUUCAGUGACGUGACCGUUGUCCGAAACACCCCAGAAGGAGUGCUAAACUUAAGCGAGCUCCGAGACCACUUCUUGGUCUCUCCAGGAGGGCGACAACGUAGUAUAUACGCUGCCUUGGAUGAUGAUUUCGGGCUUGGUGACCUCGAGAAUGGUAUAACCAAAUUUGAGUACAUUGCCAAGGCUGCGCCAAUCCAGAUCAUCAAUCUUCGUCGCAUACAAUAUGAUCGAAAACAAGGUCAGGUGUAUGACCGUGUGCAGAUUGAUUUGGAAACAACAUUGCAUCUGGACCGGUACCUCGGGGAAACGAAAUCGUUGGCUGAGUCGCAGCUUUUGGAGCUCCGCCGUGCCCAGUGGAAGAAACAAAAAGAGCUUCGUGUGCUCGGUGAACAACAAAAGGAAUUCCAGACAACUGAGAUCCAAGGAGUCGAUCUUGCAAGUGCUGUUGAGGAAACUGGCUCCUUUCUUGCUGAUCUUGCGAAGGAGGCUGGGAACGCAGGAGAACGUCUUUUACCCACACCACCGCCUGAACUUUCCGAUGUGCUCCACGAAAAAGCCAAGUCUCUUCGAAAAGAGUUGGAAGAGAUCAGUGCGGCAAUGGCCGGCUUGGAGUCUGAAAUCGACACUAUAUUCAAGGACUGCAACGACCACCCCUACCGCUUGCACGCCGUCUUCACACAUCGUGGGCCCCCUAACGGUGGGCACUACUGGAUAUACAUCUAUGACUUCCAAAGUAACAUGUGGCGCAAAUACAACGACUCAAGUGUCGAUGCGGUCGACGAGCAAGAAAUCUUCACACAAGAGCAGACCAAUCCGCCACCGUGCAGUACCGGUGUCGUUUACAUUCGCGAAGACCUGGUCGAUAUGCUCACCCAGGCCGUGAAGAGAGAACCAGCCAACGACGUCGAGAUGCAGGACGCCGAUGACGAUCGCCCACCACUGAUGGAGCCGACUGUCACCAACAUCCCGGUCUUGGAUGGCGUGGACGUGGAGUAAGCUCGCUUUUGCGGGCCUUCUCAUGACCUCCCUCUUCUCAAUUCCGAUUCUAACGUGGACGUGUUGC